AUGGCCGAGUAUGCAUGUAGCAGCCAGUCGUCUGAAUCAACGUCGGAGCUGCCGCCGCUGGAGGAGCUGCUUCGUGACGUGCCCAUCAAGCCCAUCAGCAGGAGCGAACAAGCGAUCAGCAAACAGAGGGAUUGUGGUGAUGGCGAGAACACCAGGGAGAGCAGCAUCGAUAAGGACAUCACCAAUAAGCGCAGCAUCAGCAGCAGCAGCAGGACCAGCAGCAGCAGGACCAGCAGCGAUAGGAUCAGCAUCGACAUGGCCUGCGCAACCGGCAAUAGGGAAACCAACAGCCCCGAGUUCGAUCCCAUCCCUCCCCUGACAGACACCUCCAGCGCCAUCUUCGUCCCCAUCGCAGAAUCUACCAAGCUUCUCUCGCCUCCCCAGUUCGUCCCCGGAUCCUUUGACUAUCACCGUGCCGCCCUCAACAUUCUCACCAAUCAUGAGGCCACUGUCCGCAACAACAUCCAAUCAUAUUACCAGCGCGAGAUGCUGCGCAUCAACCGCGAAGCAGAGGCCCGCGACCCGUCCUUUGACUAUUUCACCGCCGUCGCAAAUGUUCGAAAGGAGCACGAGGCCGCGCUGAAGCAAGACAUGGACACCAUGAUUGCGAACAUGCGCGAGCGCGACAAUCCCGCCAUUGACUACAACAUCAAAAGCAUGCCUUAUCCCGACAUGGACAAAGUCCCCGUGACAUACGUGCUGGUCAACUCGCCGCGGGAAUCCGCCGCCCGGGACGUCAUGAGGGUCAUUGCGGCCGCUACAAAGGAAAUCUCCUCCUUCGACAACCAUGUGCGUUGCAUGAGCGACGCCAUCAAGAUGCAGAUGCAGGCUGCGGCCUUGCGAGAGAAGCAGCAGGGUCGGAUGAACAUCGACUAG